AUUCCUGAUUCUGUAAUCCACAGACUAUAUCUGUAAUCUAUGCGUCAAAUGUAAUAAAAUUUAUGUCGAUAAAUUUUAUUACUCAUUCAGUUAUUUAAAGAAUUUCUAAUUGAACAAAAUGAAUAGAUUAUUUGGGAAAGGAAAACCAAAAGAACCUGGCCCGAGUAUAAACGACUGUAUAUCGGGGGUAGACCAAAGGGCCGAGGGCGUAGAGAAAAAAAUAAACGCCCUCGAAAAUGAUCUGCGGAAAUUUAGAGACCAGUUGUCCAAAAUGCGCGAAGGCCCUGGUAAAAACGCAGUUAAAGCUAAAGCAUUGCGGAUCCUGAAGCAGAAAAAGAUGUACGAAAACCAACUGGACAACUUAAGAGGCCAGUCCUUUAACAUGGAACAAGCGAAUAUGGCUCACCAAGCUUUGAAGGACACCCACACCACCGUAAUCGCUAUGAGAGAUGGAAUGAAACAGAUGAAAAAAGAAUUCAAAAAGAUUAACCUCGACGAUAUCGAUGAUGUUCAAGAUGAGCUUGCAGAUAUGCUAGAACAAGCCGACGAAGUACAGGAAGCUCUGGGUAGAACUUACAAUACUCCAGAAUUGGACGACGAUGAACUGGCAGCGGAACUGGAUGCUUUGGGAGACGAAAUAGGUCUGGACGACGACCAGAGUUACUUGGACGAUGUGCUUAAAGCGCCCGAGGCUCCAAGUACCAAACCGGAAGCCGAUGCAGAGAAAAAUAAGGAUGGCGUCUCUGUUGACGAAUUCGGACUGCCGCAGUUGCCCAGCAGACAUUAACAUUCUUAAUUAUUACAAAUCGUAUUAAAUGAAAAUAUAUAUGGAAUAAGUAUUUUUUAAUUUGUUGAAUAGUUUUGGAAAUGUACAAUAAAAGGAUACAAAUUUAUGAAUAAAGAGCAGUGAUUAGUUU